GGCGCGGACGUGGUGACGUCGGCGGGGCUCGGACGCUUUGCCCAAGAUGGCGCCGUGCAUGAAGUGCGGGCCUUGUCGCCCUUAGUGGCUGCGUCGUCCCGGGUGGCUCCCGUUCUGGAGCUGCUACUUGAAAAUCUACCCUUUGAAAACUUACCAAGCAGGAUCCAUUCUACUUCAAUAAAUGAAGGAGAAUAAAGAAAAUUCCAGCCCAUCUGUAAAUUUGGCAAACCUGGACCACACAAAACCAUGUUGGUACUGGGAUAAAAAAGACUUGGCGCACACACCAUCACAGCUAGAAGGCCUUGAUCCAGCUACUGAAGCACGAUACCGGCGAGAAGGGGCCCGGUUCAUAUUUGAUGUGGGAACACGUCUUGGGUUACACUAUGACACUUUGGCAACUGGAAUAAUAUAUUUUCAUCGGUUUUAUAUGUUUCACUCCUUCAAGCAGUUCCCAAGAUAUGUGACUGGAGCCUGCUGUCUCUUCCUGGCAGGAAAAGUUGAAGAAACACCUAAAAAAUGUAAAGAUAUAAUCAAAACUGCUCGUAGUUUAUUAAACGAUGUACAAUUUGGACAGUUUGGAGAUGACCCAAAGGAAGAAGUGAUGGUUUUAGAAAGAAUCUUGCUACAGACUAUAAAGUUUGAUUUACAAGUGGAACAUCCUUAUCAGUUCCUUCUCAAGUAUGCCAAACAACUCAAAGGAGAUAAAAACAAAAUCCAGAAACUGGUUCAGAUGGCAUGGACAUUUGUAAAUGACAGUCUCUGCACUACAUUGUCACUGCAGUGGGAACCUGAGAUCAUAGCUGUUGCAGUUAUGUAUCUGGCAGGCCGUUUAUGCAAGUUUGAAAUUCAGGAGUGGACAUCAAAACCAAUGUACAGAAGGUGGUGGGAGCAGUUUGUUCAAGAUGUACCUGUUGAUGUUCUGGAAGACAUCUGUCACCAGAUCCUGGAUCUGUACUCACAGGGGAAACAGCAAAUGCCUCAUCAUACACCACACCAACUGCAACAGCCACCAUCCCUUCAAUCUACACCUCAGGUGCCUGCAAUACAGCCAUCACAGCAAUCUCAAAGUUCUGAGCAGUCACAGACACAGCAGAAGGAGUCCCAACAGUCAGCACAGCAGCAGCAGCAGCAACAGACACAAGCACAGCAAUCUAAAAAGCCUUCUCCCCAGUCAAGUCCUCCCAGGCAGGCUAAGAGACCAGCGCCUGUGUCCCCAAAGGAAGAAGCCAAGGCAUCAGAACCUCCACCACCAUCUAAAAUUCCUAAAAUUGAAACCUCUCAUCCACCAAUACCCCCUGUGCAUCCACCUCCAGAGCGCAAGCCACCUCUAACAACUGCGGUUUCAAUGGGAGAAGCAGAACAGACUACUACAGUGGACUCUGUAGACAUGCCAAAGGUCCAGAUUCCUCCUCCAACUCAUCCUGCACCAGUACAUCAGCCACCACCUCUGCCUCAUCGCCCACCACCACCACCACCCACCAGCUACAUAACAGGGAUGUCGACUACAAAUUCAUAUAUGUCAGGGGAGGGUUAUCAGAGUCUUCAGUCAAUGAUGAAAGCAGAAGGACCAACUUACGGAGCUUUGCCACCAGCCUAUGGACCACCAACUCAUUUACCAUACCAUCCUCAUGUGUAUCCUCCUAACCCUCCACCACCUGUUCCACCCCCCCCAACAUCAUUCCCACCACCCAAUCUCCCACCUCCUACUCCUGGGUACCCUCCUCCACCUACAUACAAUCCUAACUUUCCUCCUCCACGACUGCCUCCAACUCAUGCAGUUCCACCUCAUCCACCACCUCCAGGGCUAGGAAUGCCACCAGCUAGUUAUCCCCCUCCUGCAGUUCCUCCUGGUGGACAACCACCAGUGCCACCUCCAAUACCACCACCUGGUAUGCCUCCUGUAGCAGGACUUGGACGUGCUACGUGGAUGAGAUAGCAUGAGAUACUUGUGUACAAAUCCUUUAACUUGGAAGAAUAAUUUUAAGAGGCUGAAUAGUUAAGAAGCAACCAUAUCGUGAAGAUAAAUAGGAGGACAAUUUGUAUAAUCUAGCUUCUGAUACAAUACAAGAACAUUAUGGAACAUGAAAUCUUAGUUUAUCUAUUUUCAGUAUUGUUAAUGGUUAAAUUAUAGGCUUUUAGUAUAGGUAUUGCAAAGCAAAUUAAAAUCCAACUUUAUACACUUAGUUUAAACUUGAGUUUUCUGACUUAUUCCAGCAUUGGAUUACUUUGUACUAGGAAAAAUGUUAACCAGCCAUAUUGGCUCAGUUAUAUCAAUAAGAAGUAAAUUUCCUUCUAGAAAUCAGUGCCUACUUUUUGAGUAUAAAAAUAGUCAGAUACCUUAACUUUCCACCUAGAGUGAGAAGCUUCAUUUUCAUUGAGCAGUUCUCCUAACUAAAUAUUGAGUGUCACUGGAGAGUUACUUUAUUUUAAAUACAUGUUUCCAACCACUAGCUGACUAAAAUCAUUUUGAGGUCUUUGCCUUGCUGAUAUUUUUGUUUUGGAAUGUACUGGUAUCUUGAAAAGCAAUGUAUGUUUACACCUAUUAACAAAUUCCUGUACAUAAAUAUAUAUAUUUUCUAAGUGUGAAGGUAUGAAUGUAACAUACUGUGAUUUACACCUUGGUUAUGAGUGGGACUACUUCAUUUACCCAAAUAAAAUUGGUUCUGAAUUUAGUGGGAAGUCUUUGUUCCUUUCUCAAAUCAUCUCCAGGCAAACCAUUUCCUUAAGAGUGGUAUUCCUGCUUGUAUUGUGGCAACAUGUUCUGUUGUAGCAGUACAGGUUGGUGCUCUACAGCUGAUAUUCACAACCCACAUUAAGAAAAAACAGCAGUGUUCUACCAAUAUUUAGACUCGUAUUUUACAAAGAAUGUACUUUAUUUUAUUCAACUGAAAGUAUACACUAUCACAAUCUCUUACUUCAUUUUUACUAAAAUAUUUCAAAAUGAAUGUUUUACACACAUUAUCAAAAAAAUCUGUACUAUUUUUUCCUCCCCCAAAAAAGCCAAAGUGGUUCAAUAAAAGGUAUAAAUGCGUGCUAAAGUCUAAAGAUUUUUGCUAUGUACACAACAGCAGGUGCUAAUUUUCUCCAGUUCUCUCUUUUUGUAAAUCAUAUACAGAAAAUAUAGCAGGGCUGUAAAGAUCACAGGUUUAACAGAAAUCAUAACUUCAAACUGAUUUCAAAAGCAGCACAAAUAGACUUUUCCCACAUUAUGAAAAAUAUACAAUUUUAUCACUUUACAGUCAUGCACUUUGUUUGAAAAAGAUCAGUAGUACUUUUUCCCCCCAGUUUCUAAAAAGAUAAAAGGUCACUUUAACACUGAUUUAUAUCUAAUAAUAUUUGGAUAAACAUGUGCCAUUUUUAAACAAGGUUGUGCUCAGCAGUCUUAUUAAAGGUGCAAAGAGCCACCUGACAUGGGUUACACCACAGCAUUGCAAAAAUUUGCAUGGAAAUGCUGUUUGCUUCAGUCUCUCAAAGAACUUACGGUCCUGAUUCCACCUUCCUAAGGCAGGCAAAACUCCAUUUGAAGUCUGUGGAAGCUUUGCUUGUCGCAGAGCUGCAGGAUUUUGGACCUCAGGACUGAGUAAGGAGACAAAGCUAGUAGCCCCAAGUGUAUCAAUUUAAUGGCCACUAGUUCAAGGGAGCUUCCCCUCCAACUUAUUAUACAAAGCUUCUCAGGUAGUUUCACUGCAGACUUGGAGCAUAGUUAAGUGAAUUGAAUGUGCAUAUAAAACACUUAGACAACUGAAAAUUUAGCACCCAAGUCAUCCUGUAAAGUCAUUGAGUGUCAUUUCCCCUCCCCCCACCCCCCGGAAGACACUUUUAGCUCAAACAGAGCUAAUGUGAUGAGUAGCAAGCUUCAAAAAAAGAAAUAAAACAUACAGCACUAGAUUUCAUGGAUGUUUGUAAAAUCCACAAUGCACGUCUUAUAUUUGGGGUGUAUGCCGUCAAACAGAAUUCUACAAAACAUGGUGGCAACCGCUGCUCCUCCUGGAUCAUGGGGUAUGCAUGAGGGCCACCCAGACCUUUGAUGCAUAUGCCUGGGCAGGACAUUUUUUUUUUUGGAGGAGUGGAGACUACAAAAUAUACUCUUACCAUAAUAGUAUAAAGGAGCUUUCAGUUGUUUGAUUAAAAUACUGACUGCCUUGGAAGGCAGCUCUCCAAAGAUUUACAGCACAAACGGGCCUCAAAUAUAGUGCUGCUUCCCCUGCAUUUUGAGUUUGUAAUCUGCAAGUAGAACCAGAACAUCUUGAAGCUACCAAAAGGAUUUUGAGAGAGAAAAAUCUGAUUAAAGAAAAAUGUGGGUGAAUACUUCAUAGCUAGUGAAACUAGUAAACUGGCUAGUGUAGCUCAUAGUUUUGUUGAGAGGGAAUCACUAAAUGCUUAUGUGCUAAUCUAAUAUA